CGAGUGUUUGACUGGAGGAUGGGAGAGAGCGCACAGGGAGGGAGGGAGAGAGUAGGAGGAACUAGUGGUGGAAAAAAAAGUUAAAGUGAAAAUGGCUUCCUUGUCUUUGGAGUCUACAGAACAAUCUGAAAACAGCUCAGAUGAGCCGACUGCAGCGGAGCCCAAAGAGGAGAAAGAUCCGGUCCAAGUUUCGGAACAAUUACUUCAAACUUUCCAAAAGUCGGCUCUGAGUUUUUCCACUGACCAAGUCUCAUGUCUCUGCGAGGCCCUUCUGCAGGCGGGCAAUGUGGAUCGCCUGUGGAGAUUUCUCUCCACCAUACCUCCUUCGUCCGAGCUGCUACGUGGCAACGAGACCCUGCUGAAGGCCCAGGCACUGGUGGCUUUCCACCGGGACGAAUUCAAGGAGCUGUACGCCAUCCUGGAGAGCCACGACUUCCACCCGUCUAACCAUGGGUUCCUGCAGGACCUGUACCUCAAAGCCCGCUACAAGGAGGCGGAGAGGUCGCGGGGCCGCAGCCUGGGCGCAGUGGACAAGUACCGGCUCAGGAAGAAGUUCCCCCUGCCCAAAACCAUCUGGGACGGAGAGGAGACCGUGUACUGCUUCAAAGAGAAGUCCCGCAACGCCCUGAAGGAGUGCUACAAGAGCAACAGGUACCCCACUCCGGACGAGAAGAAAAACCUGGCCCAGGUUACCGGACUGUCCCUCACACAGGUCAGCAACUGGUUCAAGAACCGCAGGCAGAGGGACAGGACCCCGUCAGGGACCCACAGCAAAAGUGAAUCAGACGGGAACCACAGCACUGAGGACGAGGCGAGUGCGAUGGACGACACCCCCGACAAACCAGAGGAGACCGCUGGCUCCACGGCGUCCAUCAUCUCCGUCUCUGCAGUCCCGUGCAGCACAGGAGGCCAGCUCAUCCUCAAUGGGUCCAGUGGUUUCCUCACAUCCUCUCAGCCAUUGCUCCUCAACGGAAACUCGUUGAUCUCUGGCACUGGCGGUGGUGUCAUAAUUAACGGGUUAAGCUUGAGCGACUGCCAGGCCGUCACCCUGAGUCCUGUAGCUAGCAGCUCUCCUCUAAUACUGAACGGGGCCCAAGUAAUAACCAAACCUGGCCUUAGCGUUCACCAGCCACAGCAAGCAGUGUCUGUGGCGGAACGGGAAGUUUCCGCCAUGGAGGCCAAGUCGAGCAGCCUCCCAGCAGUUGUUCUUAGCACUAACACCACAGCAGUCUCAAACCCUCCGUCUGUCAUUUCCCUGCCAAAUAAGACAGACGGCGGCAAUGCAAUGGAUUUCAUAAGCGAAUCAGAAGGCAGCAGCCAAACAGUAGCCUCCUCUUCUUCAUCUUUGUCUCCUUCUUCACCAACUCUGUCCUCCCCAGCCAAUCUCCCUUCAUUAGUCUUGACACAAAACCCUCAGCGUCAGGAGCCCCUCACACUCCCAGCGUCUUUGUCGUCUGCAGCCUUGAUCAUGUCCAAUCAGCAAGAGGAGUAUGUUGCCACCGCUGGAUCCCAGUUAAACCCUUCUAGCUCUGUAGUCUGCUCCAGCAGCUCCACCGCUCAGGUCAUCUCUCUGCCCCAGGUUGUGCCUUCCAUCCAGGGUAUACCAGUUUCCCACCUGGUCCAGCACUCUUCAGGAGCCCAGGUGUCUCAGUGCCCUCAGCUGGUCCCGGUAUCCCCCCUCACCUCGCCAGCUCCUCAGUUUCAGUGCCCCCAGACUCUAAACAGACUGGCGCAACAGCAGCAGGAUGCUUCAACAACUAUGUCUGAAUGUGCCACAACCAUAGUUUCCAUCUCACAGCUUAAUAAGAGUCAGCUCCCACAGCAAGUGACGCAUCAGUUUGGGGAGCAAAUCACAAACUCUGCUUCCAGCAAAAUCCAGGCCCCGCAGGUGAUUUCCAUCUCGUCCCCAACGCAAGUUGUCCCGGUCCCCCAGGGCAAAGGCAACGCACCGGCACAGCUAGUCCCGCUCUCCAUGCCUCAGCUGGUCCCGGUCUCCUCCAUCCAAACAUCCUCCACCAUCUCUUUCCCCCAAGUGGUUCCUGCCAGCCCCUCUCUCUCCAUCCCCUCUGCUGGGAUGCCCUUACAGAUCCUGACUUCAGCUCCAGCAGCUGGAGGAGUCGCACAGGGUCCUCUCAGGAUAAACCAGCUGAGGCCCAUUCAGACCGCGGGUUCCCCAAACAGUGUGGCCCCGACGAUGCAGCUCCUGAACUCCGGGAUCAUCCAGCUUCCCUCUGCUCCUCCAGGUAACCUCCUCCUCGGUGGAAGCCCCUACCUGAGCGUCCAGCAGGGAAAGCUGAUCCUGACCAUCCCGGCCGGUAUUCAGCUCACCAGUUUGCCCCUAAAACCAGCCACAGAUUCUUCUCCCUCCUCAAAUGGUAUGGGUCCUGUCUUCAGCCCCUCCACUCUUCCGGUAGCAUCCCAACCUUCAACCACCUCCAGCUUCACAUCAUCUCCUCUGAACUUCAUCAACUCCUCUCCACUGUAUUGCGCUCCGGAGGCGGCGAUCGCAACCAGCCAGACGCCUGCCGUCCCCUCGCCGCAUAUUUUGGACCAGUCCGUGACGACGCCCAACACUCUCACUCCAGAGAGCAUGCUCACCCUCAGUCCCAUGUACAGUGGAGUGACACCCAACAUCCAAAUGUCCCAGCCGGCGUGGAGCCCACAGCCCCUCUCCACUUCAGCCAGUCUGACUCUGUUUGACGUCCGCAGCAAAGGGGACCUGCCCGUGGACCCAGCCUUGUUAGGCCUACCCGGAGGAGAGUCGCUGCUUCUGGGAAGCCCCUCUCCGGAGCAGGACGUGGAAGCCAGCUCACCCCUGGGGAAUCCGGAGGAGAUGGAUGGGGACUCCAAGAUCCUCACCCAGCUUCAGUCCGUCCCUGUUGACGAUGAGCUGGGUCUGUAGUCUGUUUACGAAGUGGGUUGGCAACCUCUCGUCUCUAAAAACAAAAGCAUUCAAACACACACUAGACUUUUUUUUUUAUUGACAUGAAAGAUUUUACUUCUCUGAGACCUACAUGUCUCUUACCAACAUGUUUAUGUUCUAACAUGUAACAAGUAAAGACGGAUACCAUCCUGCUCCCAGCUGGCACUUUUUAGGAAAAGUCCUCUGCAGCUCCAUUUAAUGUGCAUAGGCAGGUGAUAUACGGGACAUCUACUGGUUAAACAUGAGAUUAUUCCUCUGUGGUUUAUGCAUCUCAGAGGUUCACACUAAAAUAAAAACCCUACUUCUUUUUAUCAGAUCCAGACAGAAGUACUAACGCGGAUUAGUUUGCACAGCCCACGUGCAGGUAUUAAAAACAAAGACUAUAUUAUACAAGGGAUCAUGGUUUUUCCUCUUCUCUCAGCUCUUCUUUGUUCUGCUGACCAAAUUCAUCCGUACUGUGUCUGGGGUUUUUCACUGGCAGAAGAAGUAGCACGUUGUGGAUGCACCACAGUAACGAAACAUUUAACUAUCUGGCAAAGACAACAGCUCUCUGUCGGUCCAGAACUCAUAAGAGUCGGGAGCUUCUUUUUUUUUUUCCUUUUCCUGCUCGUGGCCUGAAAUAUUCAACCAGCACUCCAGGAAUAUAGCGAAGAUUAUAUUCUUCACAGUCCGAACAUGAGUAGGUUGAGUUUUAUGUGAAACUAUUGAAACAUUACUACAGUAUUUUAUUACUACAAGUUACUGAAAGUCUGGGUGAAAACUUUCAGAAUAUUAUCAGUGAACUCUGAAUCACUGUUUGCAGCUUUUGAAGUGAGAAUGCUGCCAGGAAACAAAAGAGGUUUAUACUCUAUGCAAUGCAUGUUUUAGUUCUUUAAAGGACACUACCUACGUCGCACAGUGGCUAUCACAAGAAAGCCUGUACAAUUGGGAGAUGAAAAGAAACUCUGAAUCGCUGAGCUUUUAAAACGAAGCAUUACACUAAAAACAUUUGCUGUGAUACCCACUGAAUCAUACUUUCCAAAAUCUCAGUAUGCUGAUGCUGAUAAGUGCCUUAUGUUAAAGCUUACAGGUGUGAUGUUUUUGAGAAUAAAUGUUAUGACUUUUUUAACACUAUUUUAUAAAUUGCUAUGUACCCGGCCAAACUUAUGAAUACACUUCAUAUGGAUUUUUUUUGUGUGUGUUUUGUGUGUGUGUGUGUGUGUGUGAGAGAGAAUAUUCACGUUUCUGUAUGUGACACGUUUUGGUUGCAUCUCGUCUAUUUGUAUAUUUUGCACAUUUCAUUCACACGAUGUUUACGCCGAGCUGCCAUGUUGUUAUGACAGUGGAUGGACUUGUUGUCUGUUCAUAUUCUUCUUCUUCUUUUUUUUUUUUUUUUUAAUUGGACCUUAAUAAUGAACACACCGGGAAGUGGGGAAAUCAGAUUUACACCCACACGCCAGUUCAUUAGGUACACUAGGGAACUUGAACUAUGUUAAAUCGUUUUAUGACAGUUUUAUUGUUUAGUUUAUGUUAAAAUGGUUCCAGAAAGGUGGUGUUUCAACUGUAUGAUCAUUUUGGAGGAUGUAGUUUGCGAUGUUGUUCAACUGGACUGAACAAAAAAUAAAACUUUGUUAUGGUCAAAUUAAUAGAAAUAUGCCUCCAAAAGGAAAAACACAAUUGAAUCAACAGCUCUCUUUGUUAUUUUAAAGAAAUACUGAAUACCAUAAACUCUUCUAAAGAUAAGGUUUAGUGCAGGACUGUUAUAUUAGGAUGCAUUCGUUUUCACUAACGUACCCAAUGAACUGGCCACUGAGUGUGUAUUCCUGAUUAAAUCUGUUGUAAACUAAUGCAACAACUAACCACGAGCUUCCUGUUGUCGUAGCGCAGGUAUGGGUCAAACCUUAGGCCAGUUAUGGUACAAACAAAAAUCCCUUAAGUAGUUACAAUUAUGGCCUGUGUGUGUGUGUGUGUUUGUUUUUUUUAUUAGUGUUUGUUGUAUGUCUCUUUUGUACAUUUAAUCUAUUUAAAGCAUGUAUCAAUCAGUGUCUAGUCCUUGUUGAGAAAAGCAUGGAUAGGAAAUUAUAUUCAUUUUGACUUGGAAGGUCACGUCGUAGCACAGCCUGAGUUUUAAAAUCUCAGACUACAGGUCUGUUUUGAGGUCAUAAAUAUUACGUUUUUAAAAUAGGUUAAGUCCCUUGUUAAUAAAUUUCUGUUCCUGGUAACCUAAGUUUAGAUUUUUAAAUGGCUCGGACAAAUCAGUACUCAACGUUUAAAUUAGUUAGUUGUAAAGGGAAACAUGUCUAUUUGCUCAUACCAAAGUGUGUGGACAUUAAAGCCUGUGAGGGCUUGCGCACAUGUGUUACCCCACGUCUUGUUUUGUACUCUCCUACCUGACACAUAACGUGUAUGACUCCAGACUUAACCAAAGAUAAUGUAUGUUGAUUGACUUUUUGUUUAUCAUAGUUUUGAAAGGGAUCAUUUGCGUUUUCUCAUUUUUGUAUUCAAAUGCAUUCUAUUUUUUAUAUUACAUGAUACUGUAAUAAACAACAUUUACGUAA